AAUACUCUCCCUCUCCUCUGCCAUUUUCCCUCAAACACACACACUCUCUCACACUAAAUUCUCAAACGUUCUUUGUACAAAAAAUCAAAUCUUUUUCUUCAUUUUUUGAAUUUCGAUUAUGGCUUCUCUUGCUUCUUCUUCGUGGGUCAAAUCUGGUUUUUCCUCUUCAAUGUCGGAGCGUUUCUCUGUAAAUAUGGAUUCCGGCAGGAACAGAGUCGCCUGUUCUCUUCAUACUCCUUCCAUAAUUCAAAUUCCUAAGCGUUCCCAGACUGCAUUUCGGUCUCCGGUUAAGACCACGGUGCCGAAACCGGUGCCGGUUUCGCCUCCUUCAGUGUCGGAGGAGUGGAAUUUCUUGCAGCGGGCUGCGGCCAUGGCGCUUGAUGCUGUUGAGGAUGCUCUGCUUUCGGCGGAGAAGAAGCAUUCGUUGCCGAAGACGGCGGACCCUUCUGUUCAAAUUGCUGGGAAUUUUGCUCCGGUGACGGAGCAGUCGGUUCGGAAGGGGCUGCCGGUGAUUGGGAAAGUUCCGGAGUGUAUUCGGGGGGUUUAUGUGCGAAACGGCGCGAACCCACUUCAUGAACCGGUGUCCGGCCACCACUUGUUUGAUGGUGAUGGGAUGGUUCAUGCUGUGGAGUUCACUGAGGACGGCGGCGUUAGUUAUGCUUGCCGGUUUACGGAGACUCAACGGCUGGUUCAGGAACGAGCUUAUGGCCGGCCGGUUUUUCCGAAAGCCAUUGGAGAGCUUCAUGGUCACUCUGGUAUAGCUCGGCUGUUGCUUUUCUAUGCGAGAGGUUUAUUUGGGCUGGUCGAUCACAGCCAUGGAAUUGGAGUCGCCAACGCCGGUUUGGUUUAUUUCAACGGCCAGCUUCUCGCCAUGUCGGAGGAUGAUUUGCCUUACGAAAUCAGAGUUACUCCGGCAGGGGAUUUGAAAACCGUUGGCCGGUUUGAUUUCGACGGCCAAUUGAAAUCCACAAUGAUAGCCCACCCAAAACUCGACCCUGUUUCCGGCGAGAUGUUUGCUUUAAGCUACGACGUAAUCCAAAAGCCAUAUUUGAAAUACUUCAAAUUCUCGCCGGAGGGAGAAAAGUCACCGGACGUUGAAAUUCCCCUGCCUCAGCCAACGAUGAUGCACGAUUUCGCAAUUACAGAGAAAUUCGUCAUAAUUCCCGACCAGCAGGUGGUUUUCAAGUUGCCGGAGAUGAUCCGCGGCGGUUCUCCGGUGAUCUAUGACAAAGAAAAAACCUCCCGAUUUGGAGUUAUGGACAAAAAUGCCACCGACGCCGACGCCAUUAAAUGGAUCGACGUUCCUGAUUGCUUCUGUUUCCAUCUCUGGAACGCUUGGGAAGAACCAGAAACAGAGGAAAUCGUCGUAAUUGGGUCGUGCAUGACGCCGCCGGACUCCAUUUUCAACGAAUGUGAAGAGAAUUUGAACUCCAUCUUAUCGGAAAUUCGUCUGAAUCUCUCCACUGGUAAAUCCACUCGUCGGCCGAUCAUCGCCGAAACAGAGCAAGUGAACUUAGAGGCCGGAAUGGUGAACCGAAAUCGACUCGGGAGAAAAACCCAGUUCGCUUAUGUUGCUCUAGCAGAGCCAUGGCCGAAAGUUUCCGGUUUUGUGAAGGUCGAUCUCUUCACCGGAGAAUCCAGAAAGUAUCUCUACGGCGAGCAGAGGUACGGCGGCGAGCCUCUGUUUCUGCCUAGAGAAGGGGCAGAGGCGGAGGACGACGGCCACAUCUUGACGUUCGUUCACGACGAGAAGGAAUGGAAAUCAGAGCUUCAGAUCGUUAACGCCAUGACUUUGGAGCUUGAAGCUACUGUGAAGCUUCCUUCUCGAGUUCCUUAUGGCUUCCAUGGAACAUUCAUAAGCUCCAUUGAUUUACAGAAGCAGAAACAGUAAAAAGAGGAGGUAAAUUGUAACAACACACGGUAAAUAAAACAAAAAAAGGGAAAAAAAAAAUUGGAGAUUUUUACCUGUGGGAUGAGUGUGCUUCUACGUCCCCGGAAUCUCCUCUGUUUUCCUCUGUUUCAUCUCUACAGCCAUAGGUGUAUAAAGUAUAAAUAAGGACUUUGUUGGGGGUGAUAAUGCAAAUAGAAUUAAAUAUGAGGGGCUUUAAGAAACCAGGCUCGAAGCUUUUGUGAAGCUCAGCUGGUUUCUGUUUAUUCUUUCAGUCAUUUGUGAAUUAUUAAUUUUUAGAAAGUAAAUAUUAAUUAUAUAUUUCAAUUUCAAUUA